AUGGAUUGGCCUCUGUGUUGGGCCUUGCUGGCGCUCUUGAGCUUAACCGCUCAGGACGUGCUCUCGCAGGCGACAGGACCAGGAGCCACAGCCAACACCGAUGGUAGUGGUUGCAAACUAUCCGAGUUCCAAUGUGAAAAUGGACGUUGCGUCGCUCUCAACAAGUACUGCGAUGGAACGGACGAUUGCGGCGACACAUCAGACGAAGCCAUGGGAUGCACAAAUUGUAACCGGACGUUUUUCGGCGAGAUCGGGAGCAAGAACCCGAUACGCAUCGCGGAGCCGUUCCAGCGGAAUCUGCCCUUCGUCUGCACGAUGCACUUUGUCGCUGCGGGAGCCGAGUACGGUGACAUCGUUGAGCUCACGUUCCUCAACUUCCAAGUGGGAUCCCUCGAAAGUGACAGGAAUCAGAGCGCUUCAUGUUACAACGGUCACCUCGCGCUCACCGAGCCGACGUCCUCGUCCCCGAUUGUGAGGACGUCUCAGACCCGGGGCUUCAACCAAUUCCUCUCGGCCGCAGGACGGCAACCGGUUGCGGCGCCGCUUUCGUCGUUUUACGACGGGGGCGAGCUCUCCGAGCCGGAGUUCGGUCGCUUCUGCGGGGACCUCAUUACAACGGGGGGUCCGGUGAUCUUCUUCUCUGAACGGAAUAACGUCACCCUGCAAGUGGUCAUCCCGAACCGGGCGUCCCUGCACGCGUACAGCUUCAAUCUGUACCUCACAUAUCGUUUCCAUCCGAGUAGACCAUCGCGUACGCGCUACGGCGAUGCCAACGACCCGAUCGAUCUGGGACUCCGGACCCCGGGCUCGUUCUGCGACCGCACAUUCGACAACUGCAAUCGAAAUAAAUGCAAGAUCCGCUCGCCGAAUUUCCCCGGUUUCUAUCUGAGGAACUUCACCUGCCGCUUCACGAUCCGCCAUCUCUCGUCGCCGCCCGGGACCCAAGCCCAGAUCGUGCUUUCGCAGAAGAACGAGUACAAGAUCUCUAUUUACACCGGACGUAAUUCGCCCGGCGGAGCGAGCUCGCAGCGUACGCUCACAUCCGACUGUCUCGGAGACGCGGUUCGCAUCUACGACGGCGCGACACCGCGAGCCAGCGUCCUAUCGCGCUUCUGUGGGUCGGGCGCUCUCUCGGAAAUCGUGUCGUCCGGACCCGAGGUAACCGUCGAGCUGAAUUCGGCGGGCGCUCAACAACUCUACGCAUCGAAGCUCGAGCUCGACGUCGAGGUGCGUUUCGUUAACGUCGACGAGUACCGCGUAGAAAGCGGCGGCAAAUGCAGCUUCGAAAUCGACGGCAGCCGCGCUCGCCGUCGCGGACGGAUCUACACUCCGAACCACACCAUACCGCCGAACACCACGUGCUCGUUCCACUUCAAAGGACGCGGCAUCCACGACAGGGUAUGGCUUUAUUUCCUCUCGUAUUUCGUUGAGGAUAAACAGCGCUGGUCGAACGUGGAAAAGUGCGACGUAGCGUCCCUGGAGAUCGUCGACGUCGGCGCCCAGGCCCUGUUCCAGGACUCGAACUCCUCGAUGGACUUGUCGGUCCGACGGUUCUGCGAGAAGACCUCGCCGAGGAUUUGCGCCCGGGCCGCCGAAUUCCCCCAGAACAUCCCACUGCGACCGUGUCGUCUGCCCGACGAUAGUUAUCUAUCGACGGGAUCCGACCUGAUCAUCCGACAGAAAUUCUACAAAUCCUCGGACAUUCCGCUCAGACGGAGCUCGUUCAUCGCUCGCUACGAGUUCGUCGACACGGAACAGGCCGGCGUGGACAUGGGCCCUCAUCACGGUCCGUGCCACCGUCAUUUCCAAAGCAGCACAUCGAAGUUCGGCCACUUCGCUUCGCCGAAAAACGUCUUCAUGUACGGCCGUGGCGGGAGCGAGAACAUUACGUGCUCAUACUAUUUCUCCGGGAUGGCCAGCGAGAAACUGCGUAUCUAUUUGACCAACCUGAACCUGCCGACGACCCAGUGCUCCCACUUUUACGACGAGGCGACGCAGCGAUACACUUGCCGAAUGAUUUCGUCUCGACCCAACGGACCGAGGAUCUCGAUGAUCCAAGUGACAGAUCACUGGGGGGAAACCUUCACUCCGAUGGGCUGUUUCUGCAACACGACCUCGCAGCUCCGCAAGCCCAUUCUCAUCGAGUCGGUGGGCAACAACGUCACGCUGUCUUUCACCGUGCAGGGCAUGUCGGCGCUCGAGGAUUUCAACAACUUCAGCUUCGAGGCGUCGUACGAGUUCCGACCGGCCACGAGUUGCGAAGGAGGAACCGCUCGUAGCAACGGCUCCGAGGGCGAACUGACUUUCGUCGCGAAAGACGUCAACUCGCAAGAUACACCGUUACGGUGUCGUUGGUACAUCGAGUCGAGCCCGAAAAAGUACCUUUACCUGAAGUUCCAGGGCCACGACGGGUCUCGGGCGGCCGCCUGCAACCCGAUGGCGAACAAGUUCGUCGUGUACGCCGACGGAAUUUCGGACCCGGUCGCGAUCGUUUGCACGGACGACGAUAACAUCAACGCCAACGGCGACGCUAAAUCGCUGACCACCGACGCAUUCCACGCGUCCAAAGAACAACAGCUGUUGCAGCAGCAACGGCAACUGCCGCCCGAACAGCAGUUCGACCUUUUCUCUUUGAGUUGGUACAACGAGUCCGAGCGUACGCCUCGCGGGGUGACCCGACGGAACGUGGAUCGGGUCCUCGUCGAAGCGAUCGCGGUCAAAGCGGGAGCUUUCAAGGUCCGUUGGCUCGAGGUGACGAAACCGUUCCUGAGAACGUCGUCGGGCUUGACGUUGCGUAACGUCAACUGCCUCUACGAGUGUCCUGAGCUGAGUGCCUGCAUUUCACCGGAGCUCUGGUGCGACGGGACCGUGCACUGCCCCUCAGGACACGACGAGCGUCCUGAACAUUGUCAACAGUUUCCUGUGAUGUAUUUAGCGAUUGCACUCGGCUCGCUGUUGGCCGUUGUCGUGAUCGCUACAGCGAGCGUCCUGCUCUAUUGUCGACGACACAAAGACCGUAAAACACGCGAGAUUCCAACGAAUGACGUUCAGCUCGAACCACCGAACAGCUGA